AUAUACACCUUUCUCUCUCUCUUACCUCGUCGUCUCUGCUUCGCCUCCUUCGAUGGGCAGAAAUCUCGAAGUAUCCAUGGCGCAUCGCGACGAAGCAGACGACCUCGAGAUCCCAACCAACGAGAAGAAUCACGAUAAGAAAUCAAAGAAAGAGAAGAAGAAGAAGCGCAAAAACAACGAGGAAUCAGUCAACGGCGAGCCCGCCGCUGACCAAACCCUUACCCUAGAUUCUACAGCUAACGAAGAAUCAAAAUCUAAGAAGAAUAAGAAGAAGAGAGAAUCUACUGAAUCGGAGCUUGAACCCUCGGAAGACUCCGAGAAAAAGAAGAAGAAGAAGAAGAAAGAGAAGGAUUUGAGUGGCGCAGAAGAAGAGGGGAUUAAUGGUGUUGAAGGAGUGAAGGGAGUGGUGGUGACCGGAAAAGAUACUAAGGAUUCCAAGUACAAAGCUUUGGAUUCAUUCUCGGAUUCGGGUCUUUCGGCUGAGGUUCUCGCUUGCUGCAAGAAUUUCAGCAAGCCGUCGCCGAUUCAGGCGAAUUCUUGGCCCUUUUUGCUUAAUGGUCGGGAUUUGAUCGGCAUUGCGGCAACGGGGUCAGGCAAGACUCUAGCAUUUGGUGUUCCGGCCCUCGUGCAUAUCUUGCAGAAAGAUGACAAAAAAACAUCAAAGAAAGCAGUUCCACGUUGCCUGGUACUAUCACCUACAAGAGAGUUAGCUCAGCAGAUUGCAGAUGUCUUAUGUGAUGCUGGGUCUCCUUGUGGCAUCAAAUCAGUUUGUUUGUAUGGUGGGACCAAAAAGGAGCCGCAGAUAUCUGCUCUGAAGUCAGGAGUUGACAUAGUUAUUGGGACCCCUGGACGAAUGAAGGAUCUUAUUGAAAUGGGCAUUUGCCGUUUGAAAGAUGUGUCUUUUGUGAUUCUUGAUGAAGCAGAUCGAAUGCUUGACAUGGGAUUUGAACCUGAAGUUCGCUCCAUACUGAGCCAAACAUCCUCUGUUCGUCAGAUGGUUAUGUUCAGUGCAACUUGGCCUCUAGCUGUUCAUCAGUUAGCCCAAGAAUUUAUGGAUCCAAACCCUGUUAAGGUUGUUGUGGGAUCAGAGGAUCUUGCAGCUAAUCAUGAUGUGAUGCAAAUAGUAGAGGUCUUGGAUGACCGAUCACGAGAUUCGCGUUUAGUUGCGUUGCUUGAAAAAUAUCACCAAUCUCAAAGGAACAGAGUCCUGGUUUUUGUCCUGUACAAGAGGGAAGCUGCUCGUGUUGAGAAUAUGCUUCAGAAAAGGUAUACACAUCAGAAUUUAUCCUAAAUUUCCAUUGUCAAUAAAGCCCAACAUGACAGGACAAAGGCUCUCUCAUUGUUCAAGGAAGGAAAAUGUCCUUUGAUGAUUGCCACUGAUGUAGCUUCUCGAGGAUUGGAUAUACCCGAUGUCGAAGUGGUUAUCAACUACAGUUUUCCUCUAACUACUGAGGAUUAUGUGCAUAGGAUUGGGAGAACAGGACGUGCUGGUAAGAAGGGAGUUGCACACACCUUCUUCAUGCAGGAAAAUAAGGGUCUUGCUGGAGAACUCGUGAAUGUUCUCCGAGAAGCUGGGCAGGUUAUUCCUGCAUCCCUUACUAAAUUUGGUACCCAUGUGAAGAAAAAGGAAUCCAAGCUAUAUGGAGCCCAUUUCAAAGAGAUUACAGCUGAUGCUCCAAAGUCGACGAAGAUCACUUUUGCUGAUUCAGAUGACGAGUAAGUGUCCUAAUGUUUUUGGGCCCGGCUAUGAAGAACAUGUGGAAUUUGAAUGGGAUCCGAUCAUUGCCCCGAAGCGUUUGGGGUUGUAGGUGACUGUUUUAUCCAAAUAUUUAUACUAGAUUUUGGGUAGGUAUUUAAUUUUAUAUGACUCAACUGUCAAGAAGCUGUUGAGAUGUAAGGUAUAUAGAUGAAGCAGAUGGUCUAUUCUUUUGAAAUUUUUUAGUUAUGUAGCCAUUAGUAUUAUGGGUUCCUAUCUAGUUAUAUGUUUUGUGCAAGAAACACAGAUUGUAAUGAAUUCAAGAUUGUCAUAAAUUAUGAAGAUUUUUUGCGCUAUUGUUGA